AUGGCGAGUUCGAUAGUGCGAGAGAUAGGAAAUGCAGUGAAGAAAGCCGCGAGGAACAGAGGGAAAGGAUGGUACACGCCUCACAUGGCUGCUGCAGCAUCCGCUGUCGCGGGAAGAAUUGAUCUUGUUGAUGCUGUCAUUGAAGUUAGAGAUGCUAGGAUCCCUUUGGCGUCCGAGUAUCCACUGUACCGCCAGCGCUGCCCUUCCAAACCUUGGAUCAUUGCUUUGAACAAGAUGGAUCUUGCUGAUCGGUCCCGAGUUAAUGAGUGGAGCAAGUAUUUUGAGCAGCGUGAUUGCAUUUCUUAUCCUGUGAAUUCCCAUAACAAAGACAAUGUGAAGGAGUUCCUUAACGUCCUGCAAUCACAAGUCCGAGCAUUAAACAAGGACAAUCCGGGUCAGACAAGGGUACUAAUGAUUGUAGGGAUUCCAAAUGUCGGGAAGUCGGCUCUUGCCAAUUCAUUGCAUCAGAUUGGCAGAAUAAGUGCUCGAGAAAGAGGAAAGUUCAGGUAUGCAACGGUGAGUCCACAUCCUGGAGAAACAACUGAUAUCAUUAGCUUGAAGAUUGCUAGCCAUCCGAAUGUUUUUGUGCUCGAUACCCCUGGUAUAUUGCCCCCUGAGAUUCUCGAUGUGGGGACUUGCUCCAAGCUGGCUUUAACAGGAGCUAUCAAGGACUGUUUGGUUGGGGAGGAGGUGCUUGCUCAAUAUUUCCUCGCUAUUCUAACCUUAGGCAGUGAAUACAAAAAGUGGACAACUACUGGAAAGGGAUGCCUGUAUAGUGAUCAGAAAACAGACGACUCAAGUGGUCUCGAGUCUGCGGGGAAAGGAAGAAAGCAUUCUUUGACCGAUCACACACAGGAUUUCAUAGUGCAUGAUGUGCGCCAGAGUCUUUCCAAGGCGAUAACGAGUUACGAUGGCGACCUGCAGAACGAGAAGGAAUUGACAGAGCUCGUUGCGAUGCAGUUCACUGCUCUGGAAGAAGCAUUCCGCAUCCCGGGUGGAUUAGGCGAUGAAGGUCGCAGUGUCGUCGUAGCUUCUAAAGUACUUAAUCUGUAUCGUACAGGUAGGCUUGGACACUACAGUUUAGACAAUCCUGCGUUUAUAGAGUAG